CCAGGGCAGUGUGCGGACACCGGAGCCUGGGUAAGAAUUGAAAUUAUUAGUGAAAGCAGCCCUGAAGGUUCGGACGGACCCGAUCCUUCAGAAAAGGUAGCUGUAACAGCAAGGAUCUAUUUCACGGAACCACUGGAGGAAAUAGAGCUGAGGCCAUCAGUGAGGUUGGUGAAGCUUCACUUCUGUCCGUACGAUAUAACGUGUCGGGGUAUUACUUUGUAAGGUCACACCUCAGUUAACUGGACGUCUGCCCUCUUGACUGCUGGGAAUCCCCGACGGAGUAACCGAUUUACCUGCGGAGGGACGAAACGCAGGAGCUGACGGAGGCUUCCAGAAAGUUGAAGCAGUAAAACUGGCGCAGAGUUGCCGAAGCGAUCAGUUCCUUUCCUUUUCUUCCCCUCAAUUGUCACCCUUAUGACAAUGGGAAUGGGAUGACUGCCUUCUACCUAACCUGAGACAACCCCACCAAAGACUUCCUCAUGAUGUCAGACGAUUCAGACUCCAAGCCUUAUCACUUGCCGGUUCCGGCAGACCGGGAUGGAGUCUCGGGGUGCAGAGCAUCAGCUUCUAGCAGUUCCAUCUCAAGCAGAGGCUUGGGAUGCAGCCCCAUGGAACAGAUGUGUUGGCUGGGAGGCUACAGCCAGGGUGGACCUGACCUUGGCCUACCUUCUGAGGGCAGUGAUAGCAGUAGUCAGGACACCGCCUUCUCACCGCACAAUGUGCACAAGACCACACGUUCUCGCUUGUCCGCCGAGGAGGAUGUGGAAAUGAAGAGCAGUGGGUCCAGUGGCAGUGGGACCGAAUCACAUGGCAAUGAGAGUCACGGAAAUGAGAGUCAUGGGAAUGAGAGCAAUGGUCAUGAGUCAACAGGCAGCUCCUACAGCCGCAGCAAAGACUCGGCAUUGGUGGAAUCGUCAGAGAGCAAUAAAAGUUCGAACUCCCACAGCCCGUCUCCUCCUAACAGCUCCAAUGCCUACAGUCUGCUGAGCUCAGAGCAGGACAACCCUUCAACCAGCGGCUGCAGUAGUCAGGAGUCUGCGAAAGCCAAGAACCAGAAGGAGGUGAUUAAAACUUUAAAGGAGCUGAAGUUUCACGUGCCAGCUGACAAGAAGCAAAACUGCAGAUCGACCACACUGAGUGCUCUGAAGCAUGCCCUGCGCUGUGUGAAACAAGUGGAAGCAAAUGAGGAGUACUACCAACUGAUGAUGAUCAACGAUAGUCAUUCCCCAGGCCCGGAUGUUUCUUCUUACACCAUAGAGGAGAUAGACAGCAUCACUUCAGAGUACACCCUCAAAAACAUCGACAUUUUUGCAGUGGUGGUGUCCCUGAGCACAGGAAAGGUCAUCUAUAUAUCUGACCAGGCUGCGUCCAUCCUCAACUGCAAAAGAGAUACGUUCAAGGACUCUAAGUUUGUAGAGUUCCUGAUGCCGCAGGAUAUCAGCGUGUUCUACAGCUUCACCACCCCUUACCGCCUGCCCUCCUGGAGCAUGUGCACUGGAGCAGAUCCGUCUCCUUCUGACUGUAUGCAGGAGAAGUCCUUUUUCUGUCGCAUCAGUGGUGGCAAGGAGUUUGAGGGUGACCUGCGGUACUAUCCGUUCCGCAUGACACCUUAUCUGAUGAAGGUGCAGGACACGGCUCAUGAUGAAAACCAGUUCUGCUGCCUCCUGCUAGCUGAGAGGGUUCACUCCGGAUAUGAAGCACCUAGAAUUCCACCGGAUAAGCGCAUUUUCACCACCACACACACUCCAAACUGUGUGUUUCAGGAUGUGGAUGAGAGGGCCAUUCCUCUCCUCGGCUACCUCCCGCAGGACCUGAUCGCAACCCCAAUACUCUUUCACCUACAUCCCGAUGACCGGCCUGUCAUGCUAGCCAUUCACCGAAAGAUCAUACAGUAUGCAGGGCAACCAAUCGACCACUCGUCCAUCCGCUUCUGCGCUCAAAACGGAGAAUACAUCGUCCUGGACACCAGCUGGUCCGCCUUCGUGAACCCCUGGAGCCGAAAGGUUUCCUUCGUUAUCGGGAGACACAAAGUUCGCAUGGGCCCUAUGAAUGAGGAUAUUUUCAUGUCUCCAGACUCACCCAUGGGCCAUAUAAAGAAUAUGGACUCUGACAUCCAGGAAAUAACGGAGCAGAUUCAUCGGCUCCUGCUGCAGCCGGUUCUCAAUAGUGGGUCAAGUGGUUACAGCAGUCUAAACAGCAAUGAGUACCUUCAGGGCAUGACCUCCUCCUCUAGUGAGAGCCUGAAUAAUAGCAAAGGAGGCAAAAUGAAACAAAAGGAAGGGGAACUGACCAGCAAAAGCAGACCUCAUACUUUUCAGGAAAUUUGUAAGGGAAUUCAUCUUCAGAAGAGCCAAGAGCAGCAGAUGGCCAAAGCAGAACACAAAAAAGGCACUGCCAUGUCUGGACAGAACAGCCAGGCUGCGGUACAUCUCAAAGAUUCAGCACCUCCGAUCAGCUGGAGAGAGGCCACCACGACGGACAGUCGGGUUUGUUUUCACGAGGAGCUUGGCCUUAACGAUCAGACUGGAUGCUCCUACCAGCAAAUCAGUUGUCUGGACAGUGUUAUCAGGUACUUGGAGAGCUAUAACAUCCCCAUCAUCAGGAAGAGAAAGUGUCAGUCGUCCUCCAACACCACAUCCUCUAACUCUGAUGAGGACAAACAGAAGAAGUCCCAUGCAGUGCAGGUCUCUGAAGAACCAACCUUAUCGAAAGAUCAGUCUGCUUUGGAUGAUCCUCACAAAAAGACCAGUCAUGCUGCCACGGCGGUAGUGGGCACUUCAAUGCCCCUACCAGUGCCAAACAAACCAAAAAGCGUGGUGUCCAUCACCAGCCAGUGUAGCUACAGUAGCACUAUAGUGCAUGUUGGGGACAAGAAACCUCAGCCAGAGUCAGAGAUCACAGAGGAUGUACCUGUUGCAGGAGAGAUGCCAGAAUCCAUCCAGAACCUCACUGCUCCUCGCUCAGUUUCACCUCCCAGUCAGGAGAUGGAGUCCUACAAGAAACUGGGUCUGACUAAGCAGGUUUUGGCAGCUCAUACGCAGAAGGAGGAGCAGGCCUUUCUCUGUCGCGUUCGAGAGCUUCGAGGACUCGCUCACCACAAAACAAGCUGCUCCCCGCCCCUGGAUCAACAGAGAGAUGAACGCACCAUUACUGCUGCCCGUGCUGUUCAGCCUAGAAAACUGGAAGGUCAGAGACCAGAGCCGACGCCACGUCGAGGAAAACGGUACAAGAAGACCAAAACCAAGAGAGCAAAGCUUAUCACUACGCCGAACAGUACAGCUUCUCCUCACAAGAAGCGACAGCGGCAACAGCUGCCUCCUCAGACAAACCAAAACCUUACACAGACCCCCAUAUCUCCUUCUGAUGCCCCACAGCCCACUUUCCCUGCACUUUAUCCAGUCAUGAUGCCAGGCUACCCCCUGCAGGUUUACCCCAGAGCCGAUUCUGCAUUUCCACAAUCUGAAGCCCCCCCUCAAGACUUACGGGAUAACCAGGGUGCCCAAUUCCCUUUAUCCUCCCCAGUGACACAGUCUGCUCCCUUCACCUCUCAUAUGGUCGCACCUAUUGUGGCUUUUGUGCUGCCCAGCAACUUAAACCCUUUUUUUGGGCAUCCAGCACCACCACUGCCAGUGUAUCAGGUAGACGCUGGAGGUGUCCCAGGGCAAGCCCAGCCUUUCGAUCAGACUGCCUUCCCAGGUCAAGGCGCCUUCACAUCUCCGCCUUUCCUUAGCAGUCAGAACCAACUCAACCCACCAUUAGCAUCCUACAUGUCUGCAUCGUUCUGCUUCCCAUCCUCCUCUGACACCCCAAAGCCCCCAGCGGAGGGCCGCUCCUCCACACCACAGUCGGGUGAAACCGAAGGCCAGGCGUCCCCGCCCCUGUUCCAAUCUCGCUGCAGCUCCCCCCUCAAUCUGCUGGAGCUGGAGCUCUCUGUGGACAGGCAGGCCAACACGGCUCACGCUUCAGUAGGACAGGGGAAUAACGUGCCUGAGAGGGAGAAAGGAGCUAGCCCAAACAAGGCAAUGAAGUGGGAACUGAAACAGCCCUCUCUCAGUCUACUUGGUCCACCUGGACCCUUGUAUUUCCAGCCCACAUCCUGUGUCUGUGAGCGUUUGUCUUGGGAUAAAGUGUGGUCUAGGCUGGGGGCUUGCAACAAAGAGAGGAGCGAUGAAAGUAACAACAGCGAUGUCAUCUCGACAUCCAGCGACAUGUUGGAUCUCAUCCUUCAAGCGGACUCCUGUUCAUCCACCUCUGGCUCCAUGGGCUCUGGUUCCAACGGCUUUGGGACUUCAGCAAGCGGGACGUCAAAGAGCAGGACGUCAGGCAGCGGGAAGUCAGGCAGUUUUUCAGGAAGCAACAACACCAGUAAAUACUUUGGCAGUGUGGACUCAAAUCAGAGCAGCCAGAAGCCCAAAAGCUGCCUGAGAAGCAGCGAGGAAAGACCCGCUGAGACAGAGCACCUCAAAUGUGUCCUUCAGGACCCGGUCUGGCUGCUGAUGGCCAACACAGAUGAGGACGUCAUGAAGACCUAUGAGCUGCCCUCGCGGGACAUUGAGAGAGUGCUGGAAGAGGACAAUGAGAAGAUGAGGCUGCUUCAGCAGUGCCAGUCCCACUUUUCAGAUGACCAGAGGAAGGAGUUGAGCGAAGUCCACCCCUGGAUACAGAACGGAGGGUUACCCAAAGCUAUAGACGUUGAGGGAUGCACAUGGUGUGACAACACCUCAGAGGCAGCAGCGACAGUUGCGGCAGAAGAUCAGCCAGACUUGGAACUCGGUGAUACAGAGACCGGAGACGACUACUGUCCAGAGAGGCACAAAGGCGAACCUUUAAUCUCUGCCAUGAUCUCAUGUCACUCAGGUCCUCCUCAAACCUGUGGCCUGCACACAGAAACAGCAAAUCAACAAGAGUUUUAAAAAAACUGUUUCUCUGCUCUGAAGAGGAAGCUGCCUUAGAUGAGCUCUUAUGCUCUGUAUUACAAUAUAAUCAGUGCCUUUGUAAACUGUGAAUAUCUGUGGUGAACGUCGAUUACUUUUUAUUUUUAGCUUCAUUAGACAGGGUUACUUAGUUGCUUUUGGGAUAAAGGCUGGGCUCUGAGUUUGUGUGGAACUGGCCUUUUUUAGGAUAAAGCAGUGUGGCACCUUAAAAGAAUUUCAUGCACUGAUUAUAGGAGAUGCAAGACAUGACGAGGGAACAGCACAAUGUUCAAACUCAAAGCAUGCCAGCUAAUGCCAAGCAAACAUCGGCGCGGUGGAGGCCAGACUGUGAGGCAGUUAAUGAACCCCAUGUUUUUGGAUGUAUUCUCAGUUACGUCAGCAUGCGAUGAGAACAGGUUGAGGGUUUUCUUAAGGACAGAUUAAUUUGGUACUGCUGUCACAUAAGGUACCAAAUGAACACAUGUGGACUAAAGGGAAAAGGUAUUGGUACUCCUAAGUGACUACAAUUGCUCACACUCAAUUGUGGGACAGGGAAAUUGAAACCUGCUCCCAUAUUGUGUUUAAACUAACCAUCAUUUCAGCCACCCCUUUCCCCAUAAAAACAUGCUCUGAUUUUUGCCCUUACAUGUGAUAAAACAAACUCUACAUAAAGGCCAGCUAUUCAGAAUACGCCUCAUUUUAUUAUUUAGGAAGCUCCUUUAUUUAAUGUCAAGCUGGUUUGUUUUUUAUUGAUUGUAUAUCCAGUACUCUGCAUAAUCAUUAAAACUGGGAGUAAGCUAGGCCACGCUACUCAGCAAAAUGUGCAAUAUUUCCUUCUGAAAUGCCUUAAAGUAGAAACCCUAUUCCACAUAAUGAAAGUACAUGCAAUAUAGCAGUAUUUCUUGGGGUGAUCAGAAUAUUUCAACAGAAUACAGCUCAGCAUGUGCCAAAUACUGUAUUUACUCACCUGGAGAUUGGGUUGAAGUGUUUCAAAAACAUUUUGUUUUUCUUUGGAGCCAUAUGUUACCAAAUUAAGCUUGAUGUGUGCAUAUUUUAGUUAUUUGUAUCUUAUGAAAUGCAUCAGUUGUUUUAGAUGUGAAAUUUUUAUUUCUUUCCUGGCUGUCAUUGCACAUGUUAAUCUUUGUAACAGUCUUUAAAUGUAUAUGUAUAUAUUUUACAUACAUGUUUUUUUGAAAAGCAUAUAAUGCAUUACUUAUAAAAACCUAAAUUCAAAAAAACAAACAGGACCAAGAAAAGUAAUGCUGACUGCAAAUACGAUUUUUAAAAUAUUGUGUAACCUAAACAUUUCCCUCCGUAAAUGGAAAAAUACCUGGUGUUUACAGUGGAUAAAGUUGGUAAUGUAAGGAAUGACACCAGCUUAUUACUACUAAAAAAAAAAAAACCUCAAAGGUUGUUUUAGGGGGACAGUUCAGGUAUAAGGAACCUUUUAGAAACAUAAUGUGCCUGGGGUUUUCAGUGCUGUCAUUUUACAUGACUUAGUACUAUUCUCUGUAACUUUCCUAAAGGGUCUGUUAUUUCAGCAGGCAUGUAAAGCACCUUUCUGUUAUUUUGUGUCCUUAUUUGUUCUUGGUUUAAUAACAAUAAAUAUUUUAUUGAAAAAGAAA